AACAACUGCUGAUCGAUUGGAAUUGUAAACUGCGCCAUCACUGCUAUCCCCACCAUCUCCGUCCACCUACAUCCAACCCAUUUGAUAUUCCAUUUCCAAUCUCAUAAUGUCCGCGCCAGGCUGGGGACUCCUUCCCCGCGAAGAAGAAGAAGCCCUCCACAACAUCUCCCGCCUCAUAACCAUCGAAUCCCGCCCCUUCACCCGCAUCUCCACCCGCCUAAAAACCUCGCACUUCUCCUCCCACCGCCCCAUCCAACUCGCCUCCCCACCCCCGGACGCCUCCUCCGCCGACGACCACGCAGUCGACGACCACGCCGCCAGACAAGCCGAGCAAAUCGCCGCAAUCAAAACAUGGCAGCACGACCUCAUGAACGAAAUGGAACUCCUCGACUACGCGGUCCUGCGCAUGGAACUGACGACCAAAAGCAACCAAGCCGAGCGCCAGCGCUACGCCGUCGAGAAGGAGGGCAUCACGUCCAAGCAAGCGGCUGUGCGAGCGCACAUCGAAACCUUACGCACGGAGCUCGAGGCGGCGCGCGCCACGCUGUCGACGCGCAAGGCGUGGGACGCGCUCGCGCAGGACAUCUUCACCAACAUGGCGAGCCAGAAGUCGCGCGAGGACCAGGCGGCGGCGCAUGCGAAGCUGGACGAGGAGAUUGGCGAGCUGCAGGCCGAGGUGGAGGGGUCCAAGAGGACGUGGAUGGAGAGGAGGGUGCAGUUUGGGCGCAUCGAGGACGAGGUCAAGGAGAUGUUGAGGAUGAUUAAGGAUGAGAAGGAGGAGGCGGAGAGGAAGGAGGGGAUGAUGAAGGAGGGGGAUGAGGGGGAGGAUGGGGGCCAUGGCGAGGGGACCGCGUCGAGGGGGAUGGGAAGCCAGAUUGGUACGCCGAGGUUGGAGACGGGGGCGGGGACGCCGAUGCAUGGGGAGGAGGGUUCGCAGGCGAGGGAGCAGUCGCAGUCGCAGUCGCAGUCGCAGUCGCAGUCGCAGUCGCAGUCGCAGUCGCAGUCGCAGUCUCAGACCCUACGGCUGCCGCGGGAUCGAUUGCAUUCGUUCUCACGGGGCGCGACUAGUGCUCCUUCGCCUGGUGUUUCCGCUGCUGGAGGUGACACGCCCAUGGUUGACAAGGGCGACGAUUCCUCGAUAGAGGAAGGUGAGGAACAGGAGGACGAGGAGGAGGAAGGCCUCGUGGAGACUAUGGAUGAGACUUGAUAUGGUAAUGCGUGCCGCCUAGCAGAGAUCUGGGCGGUGCCACCGAGUUUCAUUUCGAGGGUGUGACGUCUUUUUAGGGGACGUCUACGGCCUUCUCUCUGACUUUAUGCAUAGCGCGGCGUUCCGGUGUACAGUAUUGCGGUAGAUAUAUACCGGCAGGUAUUUCCUCCUAAGGCGCAAUAGUGGGCAGGUAGUGUGAGGGUUGGACAUUGAAGAAAACAACAAGCCCUUCCAUCGACUGUUCUUUUCAGGUCCAAAUGUGUGCUAAAGGUGUUUAUGGGUUGAAUUCAGCGGGCAGACUCGAGAACAAGAGUAAGAUAAAAGACUCAAAUUGGUACAUCGAAUCAAGGGACAAGUGCAAGGAACUGGCGGGUGCAACGGAC